AUGGAUCCUAAUCAACAACAACAACGACAACAAUCAUCGUCUUCAAGAUCUCCUAAUCAUGAUCAUGUUCAACUGAGAUCAUCAGAUGAAUUCUUGUUAAGUUCAACUCAAGAUCCAAAUGUGACACCAUUUAUUUCGCAGCAACUUCCUUCUCAAUCUCAACCUCAACAUUUACAAGGUUCACCAUAUAUUAAACAAGAGGUUGAUACCGCUUAUUAUGGAGGUCCUCAACAAGGUUAUCCAUAUAAUCAACAGCAGCAACAACAGCAACGUAUACUACUAUCUCAACAACAACCUCAAGAUCAAUCUCAACAACAGGUAGCGCAUCUGCACCACACUCCAAUUCAACAACUGCAUUUGCAACCAUCACCUCAACAACAACAACAACAAUCAAAGCAACAAUAUUACCAAUAUGAUUAUAAUAAUCCACCCCCACAACAACAACAACAACAACAAUCUCUGCAUGAACGCUACAGUUCCCAAACUCAAGCUGUUCCACAACAAUAUCAUUUAUUUCAAGAAGGAAGUUCCUCUCAAAGUCAAGCAUAUAGCCCACCAGCUCCUCAGCAACAGCAACAACAGCCAUAUUAUGUCUCAGCUUUGCCAUUAGUGAGUGAACUGGUUCCUAGUCAAGCACAUGACUCUUCACCUACUUCCGAAAGUCCUCAACAAAAACGUAAACGAGCAAGAAAAGCUGAUCAUGGUGUACCUGGUGAUAAAGGUGAUAAUGAAUUAAAACAAUUGGCUAUUAAUAAUCUUUCGAUACCAUUGGUAGAUUUAGCCUUUAGAAUUAGACAAUUAGAAAAUGAAGAAGCGAUUACCCCUCCUGCCAAUGCACCCCAUAGUAAAGUUGAAGUUCAAAAAGUUAAAGAAAAUAAAGAACGUCAACGUCAACUUUUAGGUAUGGUUUGGUUAUUAAAAUCUUGUGAAUCAUCCCCAACGGCGGUAGUUCCUAGAAAUAGAAUUUAUGCAAGAUAUAGUGGAAUGUGUGCCGAUAAUAGUAUUAUACCUUUAUCACCUGCUAGUUUUGGUAAAUUGGUAAGAAUUUUAUUUCCUGGUUUAAAGACUAGAAGAUUAGGGAUGAGAGGUCAAUCAAAGUAUCAUUAUUGUGGAAUUAAAUUAAAUAAUGAUCAAAAUUUCGAUAAUACUCCUCACUCUCCACAACCUCAACAUAUCUUACAUCGUCAUAAACAUUCUUCAUCUUCAUUUGAUUUUUCAUUUACGGGUGGGAGUUCCCGUCAACAACAAACAUCACCUGGUUCAUCCUCGAAUUCAUCCGUUUCAUAUGAAGAGUCUCCAUUACCUUCAUCUCAUUUACGUACUCCAUCGUAUACUCCGAUUAAUUCACCAUCAAUUAGUCAUUCGGUAUCCAUUGGCCAUCAAUUACCUCUGGUUAGUCAUUUGAAAUAUAUUCCUAAUUUAUUUAAUCUUAUUAAUAAUGGGAAUUAUCCAAGUAAUUCAAAUCCAAAUUUACCAUUACAAUUACCUGAAAUUUAUCCUUAUUUAAAACCUGAUGCAGAUUAUGAUCUUGCCGAUACUUUAUUUUCAUUAUAUAAAGUUCAUAUUAAUACUUUAUUUGAAUCACUUCGGUUCAUGCAAUUACGGAAAUUCUUCUCCAGUUUUAAUAGUUUUAAUAGUAUUUUAACCACUCCAGUUUUGAAAUUAUAUACCAGUGAUUCAGUAAUGGAAUGGGUUAAGCAAUGUGAUAUAAUCAUGUAUAAAAGAAUGAUUCGAAUGUUGGCGAAAUUGCAAUUACAAUUCCUGAUGCCUCAAGAUGUUAUCAGUCAAUUACGACAAAUAUCUUCAGGUUAUAUGAGAACUUUAACUAAUAAUUUAAUGAAUUUAAAACCAAGUAAAACAUUUGUCCUUAUGAAAUUAAAAUUAGCUAAACAUUUCGUUAAUCUUUUAAAUCGAUUAAUUAAAAUCAUUGAAACUGGUCAAUCUGCAUCUCGGAUAUUAAUCGAUCCUAUUGAAAAAGCAGCUAUGAUUGGUGAUUGGAAAAACUUGGAUAUUGAAGAAAUCGUUUAUCAUGAAUUACCAUGUAAUGAUCGAAAUAUAUCUAAGUUGUUAACAGUCUUAUCAGAAGAUUUCCUUACCUUAUUGGAAUUCAAUGGCGAUGCCGAGAAUAAGAAUGAAGGUGAAUCUGGCGACGAUGAUAAUAAAUCAAAUUUGGAUCUGAUCAUGAUUAAAUUUAGCAAUUAUAUUGCUGAAUUUCCUGGUAAAUUCCCCGGUACAAAUCCUCGUUUAAUCAUUCUAUUAACUUGUAAUCUAUUAACUACUUGUUUAAGAGAAAUCAGUUUAAGUAGUGGUAAAGGAUUUGGAGCAUGGUGGAUUUUAAGAUGUUGGGUUGAUGAAUAUCUUGCCUGGUGUUUAGAAUUAGGAGGAUUCUUACAAACUGAAUUCAUCUCAAGCUCCACUAGUUCAUCUAGUGAUUUAGAAGAUACUGGGGCCAUUAGACCUGGAUCAUCUACUUUUGGAGGUAAUUUACCGGGUGUUGGUGGUGCUAGUGGUUCAGAAAAUUUAGAUCAAUCUUCAACAGGUGCCAAUUUUGAUUUAGGUACUUUAGAUCCAAAUAUUUCAUUUGGACCUGUUGAUUUAUUAGAUGGAAAUUAUGGUAAUGAAGAUAUUGAUCAGGAACAAGUUUCAAAUCAUACUUCUGCCGUGGCAGCUGCUACAAAUGAAAUCAUUUUAAAAUACGAAACUAACGUUGAGGAUAUGUUAUCCUAA